AGUUGAGGAGAGCUGAGGCGUUCCCCGUGCCCGCCGCGCAGAGUCCAGUGCGCAGGCGUGUGGGCGGGGCGGGCCCUUAAAGGGACCGCGGUGCGGAGUCGGAGGAGCUGGGGUCGCCAAGCGCGAGGUUCUCGGGCGGGAAUGGGUACUAGGUGCCCCGAGGACCAGGCCCCGUUGGCACUGAGUUUGGAUCUACUCUGCGGACGUGCCCAAGAGGAGCCGCAGGUUAAACGCGUCUCUUCCGGUCUCUAGCCCGCUUUGCUAUGGCUCACGUUGGCUCUCGCAAGCGCUCGAGGAGUCGCAGUCGGUCGCGGGGUCGACGGGGGUCAGAAAAGCGAAGCAAGAAGAGUAGUAAGGACGCCUCGAAGAACUGCUCAGCCUCCAAAUCCCAGGGUCACAAGGCCAGCAUCACGUCUGAGGAGAGAAGCCAGCACAAGGCCCGGAGGACAGCGAGGUCCAGCUCUUCCUCCUCCUCUUCCAGUUCUUCCAGCUCUGCAUCGUCCUCAUCUUCCAGCGAUGGCCGGAAGAAGCACGGGAAACACAAGGAUAAGAAGAGGAAAAAGAAGAAGAAACGAAAGAAGCUAAAGAGGAAAGCCAAGGAAAAGGCAGUGGUGGUGCACCCGGUUGAGGCUCUGCCUGGCCCCUCACUGGAUCAGUGGCACAGAUCAGCUGGGGAGGACAACGAUGGCCCAGUCCUGACUGAUGAGCAGAAGUCUCGUAUCCAGGCCAUGAAGCCCAUGACAAAGGAGGAGUGGGAUGCUCGACAGAGUGUCAUUCGCAAGGUGGUGGACCCAGAGACGGGACGCACAAGGCUCAUCAAGGGAGAUGGUGAGGUUUUAGAGGAAAUCGUAACCAAAGAACGGCACAGAGAGAUCAACAAGCAAGCCACCCGAGGGGAUGGUCUGGCCUUCCAGAUGCGAGCGGGCCUGCUCCCCUGAGAGCCCUGGUACCCCAGUCUGUGAACUACUGUUGGUGGCUUGGAGACAGAUGGAUCCAAUUGCCUUUGCUCCUGUGGGUGCCCCCUAAGCACCAGACUGGGAGAGUGUAGUGUCAAUAUUAAAUGAUCUUGGUCACCGAG